AUGACCGCGACGAUGACCUCUGCAUCAUCCCCCACGGCCGCCAACCACCCCGCCAACAUUCGCUCCGGCAUGACCGUCCAAGACCUCAAGAUGCUCACGGCACAGCGAGAAUACCGCAUCAUGAUGGAACAGUACAACACGACCGUGGGUGAUCCGUCCCUCCUGGCCACGUUGACGUCGCCUAGGAGCAGUCGAAGCAUGAGUCUGUCGCUGUCAGACACAAGCAGUAGUGCUGACGGCAGUCCCAUUAGCAGCCCCGUGAUGUCCCCACAACAACACCGAUCACCAUUCCAACCACCGCCACCCCCAUCCAUGACACUGGCAUCCCUGCAACAACCGCCCGCGUCCAAGUCUCACAGUCAUCACUACCACCACCACCACCAUCAUCCCAGCACAUCGUCAUACUUGCGUCACGGUGGGCGUGUGGAACAGCGAGUGCUGGUUACGUGCGGCGGGCAAAUGGUGUCUGUGAUGGAAGGCGUGCGAAAUGUUCCCGACGACAUGAUGACCUACGUCGAAGGUAGCAGCAGUGCCGCCAGUCAUUUUUAG